CGCUGUUAAUACUUUUUAAAGCUACUUUAAAAGUUUAAUAUUCAAAUAACUAUAAUAUAGUUUGAAUAGUCAGACUUGGGCAUUGUGGCACAAACAAGGAAUUACAUGUAGGCCUAUAUAACAAUCUACUGUCUCCGGUUUGUGCAUAUUGCUGAGUAAUGAAAAAAUUGUUAACUGGUGUCACAAUAAAAAAUUGUCUAUAGGCUACCCUCCCCUUGUAGUCAGUCAAGCGACUCCUACAGUACCUAUGAAGUAGGUGAAAGUGCAAAUAGUACGAACUACAAUCAGUGUUACGUCCAGUAAAGGUAAAAAAAAAUAUGAGUGUGACGUCCGUUGGUGACGUUCAGUGAAGGUUAGAUUUAGUCACUGUGACGUCCAGUCAGGGUAAACGUCCAGACGUCCAGUGAGAAUAACGUCCAGACAGUGUGACGUCUUCCAGUCAGAGAAACGUCCCAGAUACUACAAUGGCAUCCCUCAAACGUCUUCUGUUUGUAUGUUGCACCUGUGUGUGUACCCUGCUACUGAUUAACCUAUGUGUCACCAAGUUCAGUAACUUUAUGCCUCUAGCACCUAGUGAGCUCACUGUUAAAAAGAUGACUUUUGAAAGGAAUAAUGUUGAUGACGAUGGCAAAACAAAGGAUAAGAAACAACCUUUUGCUGUAGAUCUCGACAAUAAAGAAGAUCGGCAGGUCAAUAACCGGCUUGAUAAGUUUAAAGACCAAGAACAAUUUAAUGAAAAGACCGGUAACUCUAUAUUAGCUUACAUGAAAGGUUCCCUCCCUUUGAGUAAAAUCGAUGAGCCCCAUGUUUGCGUCAGCACGCUGUAUGUGUUCUGUAGCGAGCAGGAGGUGGCGGAGAGAUACGCCAUACCUAAUAGUGAGACAACAACAAGAGAUGCUGCAGGUAGAGGCAGUAGAGUUGAUGGCUCAGCUAGAGGCAGUAGAGUUGAUGACGGGUUCGGGCGAAUACGUCGCAAGCUGGACACUGGUCAGAGCAUCUCAAUCACGCUCCCCUACAUCCAGAACUGGCUAGAGGGUUACAUGAAAAACACGCCCAGAUGUCCAGUCAACAGGUGUGAAUUUACCCUGGGCAACGCCACGAAAGAUACGGACGUGUUCAUGGUGGGCGGUGUCCUGCUGAUGGACAAGACCUUGCCCACACAGAGGUGGCCGGGUCAGCUGUAUGUCGUGUACGCUGCCGAGUCGGCUGCCCACUACCGCAGUGAUAUUACACAAGAAAACUCGACCUGGAGACACGCCUUCAACCUGACGGUGACCCACAGGUCUGACGCAGAUCUCCACUACCCCUACGGCAGGCUGUUAUACAGCCCGCUGUCUGCUGACCAGAGGCCAGAUUACUAUGAACUGGCGAGGAAGAAAAAUGAGAGCAUCGUCUGGUUUGUCAGUCACUGCGAGACCCAGUCCAAGAGGGAAUUGUACGUGAAGGAGAUGCAGAAAUAUGUGAACAUAACGAUCAUUGGCCGGUGUGGAGGUGUAGACCCGACCUGCCCACACAGAGACCAGGGACAAUGCAUGCACGACAUCUUCAAAGACUACCUGUUCUACCUGUCCUUCGAGAACUCCAUCUGCCACGAGUACGUGACAGAGAAGGUGUUCAAGGUGUUCCUCCAGGAGACCGCCAUUAUCCCAGUGGUCAGGGGCGGGUCCGACUAUGCCAGACUACUCCCAGCCAACACGUUUAUCGACGCCGAUUGGUUUCAGACGCCGAAAGAACUGGCUCUGUUUUUGACGGCGUUGGGGCGAGAUCUGAAGACGUACUCGCGGAUGUUGGAGCUCAAGUCUAUGUACAAGACACUGCCGAAGUUCCUCGUAUUAUGUGAAGUGUGUCGAGCCCUGGUGCACCAGCUUGUUAGACCAAAAGUUUACGACAUCAAGAAGUGGUUAGAUGCCGGCUGUAAGGAGCCUAAAAACUUUACAAUUUCAAAUAUGGAGAGUCAGCGAUCUUAGUAUUCUAGCUCGUAUUCACAAAAAUGGAUACGAAAAAACUAACAAUUGUAACGUCUAAUAGUGCA